AUGGUGGAGUCGGAUGAUAUGCCGAUUGGUGAGCGGCGCACCUCACUCGACUUCAACGAAAUGGGAGUUGUUGCUUUCCAAAGACUCGAUCAGCCUUAUGACAUGUUCGGCACCCAAACAAGAACAUUCUCCGCCUUUGCCCCUGAGAGUCUCCUCGCAACAUAUGAGCCUUCGCCGGCUAACUCGCCUUUGAACGACAAACGAAUAGCUGCAGUGUUCUGGCACUUUAUAAACGUAACCGGACCUAGUAUCUCCCUUUACGAAAGACAUCCUUUCGACCCAACACCCCUUUUCCAAGGAACGCCAAUACCGAAAGCACGCCAGCAUAUUUGGACCUACACAUUUCCGAUUUUAGCUUUGACUCACCCAGCUCUUCUUCACGCGAUUCUCGCCAUCGCAAGUUUGCAGAUUGCGAAACUCCAAUCCGUACCGCCUACAGCGUCUCUGAAGCACUACCACCUAGCUCUGAGAAGGAUUGCGCGAAACGUUAGCCGGCCAAAUAGGCGAGCCCAACCUUCGAACCUGGCGGCAACGCUAGUGCUAUCAUUUUACGAGGUGUGGAAUUCCGACCACGAUAAAUGGAGUAGGCAUCUGCUAGGGGCGCGUCUGUUAUUUAAAGAAAUACCAUUAGCCGAAAUGACACGAAACAUGAUGGCAAUCAAGCUUCAGAUGAGGCUGCAAGAGAUGCAACAAUCUCCAAUCGAUGCGUUCGGAAUGUUCCCAACGUAUGAAGAAAACGGUCCUUUGCAUAAAGACUGGGAUCUAAUCGAUGUGCCUUUACUGAGCGCGAUAACUGGUAGAGAUAUAUCAUAUGAUGAAUUGGGGAUGGUUCCAGAAGAACGAAGCCAAUAUCGAAGGUCAAGGGCUCAGUACACGGAAAAGGACAUGGAGAGGUACCAACAAAUGAGCGAUCUCUACUGGUGGUACUGUAAGAUGGACGUUUACCAAAGCAUUCUUGGCGGAACUCGAUUAUUCCUGGAGUAUAACCAAUGGACUCAAUGUCCGCCGCGGGCCCCAAUAGGGAGGCUUGACGCCAUAUACGGCACGUACGAUCAUCUGAUACUGCUACUCGGUCGCCUAGCAAGCUUCACGUCGAAAGACCUAACCCGCAAGCGCGAAGCAUUCAAGGCGAACGGGCCAGGCCGCGGCGGUUCGCCGGGAAUGUUUCCGGGCAUGGUACCUCGCCACCCGGAGAGGGUGACGGUGCCGAUGGGCUUCACCCCGCCGCGGGAGACGUCGCCCGGCGGCGACGAAUCUCCCGAGAAUAUCGACCUCGACACUAGUACCGCCGAGGCAUAUCGCGAGUGGGAGGAGAUCCGGCAGGCAUUCGAGACUCUAAAGGGCCACUUCGGCCCCGAGUUCCAGCCCCUCGGCGCCGACAUCUACCCCGCGAAAGCGACGCCAUUCGGACUCGCCGCCCACUACAGAACAUACUCUAUCGCAGGUAUCUGGAUGAACUUUUACAUGGGCCUUAUCGUACUGCACCGCGCUCACCCGACUAUGCCACCUAUCGCCAUGGUGGCCGCGGGCCUCUCGGCAAGGACUACGGCGAGUUAUUGUAUGGAGGUUGGACGCAUCGCGGCGGGCUUAGAGGAGAAUAUCGAGCAGCUCUCAAACGUCAGCACGCUGAUGGCAGCUGCGCUGAUUGAGUGCUGUUUCCCGUUGUUCGUGGCGGGCAUUCAGUACCACGACGACUUCCAGCGACAGUGGACAAUUCAGCGUCUCCACGACAUCGCGCGGCUGACGGGGUGGCAGUCGGCGCGGCAAAUCGCAGUCGGGUGCGAGUCGGCGUGGAUCAAGGCCGCGCAGAUGGGCCGCGGACCGCCAUACGCGAGGUCUGUCAACCUGAACAUCGAUCCGCCCGGCUCGGUCUGGGUUCAUGCCCGCCGCCUCGACAAGCGCAUUGAAGAGAUCGAUCUUGACGAGUCUAAGAUCGUCCUCGCGAAGGGCGAGAAGGCGUCUUAUGCUAUCGGAUUGCUGGCCGUGGAGCACGACCUGGAGAGGCUGGAUCUGGAGACUAGCGAGAGGAAUGGACGGUAG